CACAUCGCUAACAUCACUCGACCAACGUCCAGACCAUCUCUCGGCCCAACUCAUCCAAUAAUUUCAAACGGGAUUCCAGUAUCAAACCCAAGACAGAGGAAGAAAAAUGUCGUCAGAGAGCACUAUCACGCAGCUCUCCAUCCCGCUGCCUCGCUCUCUCGACACCCGCAUCCACGUCCACCUCACCACCAAGACCAAGGCAGCGACGCUCUUCCUCACCUCAGUGACGCAAGACGAGCAAUCAGGGCCGGCGGCACUGGGAUCUUUCGUAUAUGCACUGCCGAAUAGACUGGAGCCGGCGCAACCAAUCUCCACGGCCAUCUACUCGGUGGAGUCGACGCUCGAGUUCACGACGAGGAUCGCCAAGCUGCUCGCCAAGCGCACCAACUUGCCCGUCUACGUCGGCUGCUCGAUCAACCUGGGCGGCUCGGCCAUGGGCCUCUCUGUCGAGGAGGAGAUGGAGGCGUUCCGCGCCAUCGUCGACGUCGUUACGGAGAGGCUCAAGCGCAAUCAACCCGUCAUCGGCGCCUCCUGAGAUGCGUGCGGUUCGACCGGGACCCGAGGUGCAGGGGUGUGGUGGUGAUGCUGUUGACAAAGACCUAGACACACGAGCGCUGCCCGUGUUUCUCCCGGAACCCCCCCCCCCCCCGAUGGCACGCUGAUGGCCGCUCGAAGAAUCGGCCUCCUGGAGAGGCCAGGUGAUGGUCGUACGGGCAGGAUGGGCGGGGGACACACGGCGUGUCGGGUUCACGCGUGCGGGGGGUGGAUUGCGCGUACCGGCGGGCGUAGUGAUUUCAGAACUGCCCAGGUCUGAGAAGGCAAGAGGGCGGCUUACAAGGCAAUUUGCGGUGUAGGCAACACGGACAAUUCACCAUCGUCAUGUUUUGGGCGGCGUCAUCAUCUCCCAAGAUGAUACGAUACGGCUGUGCUUGGGGUUGCUUGGACAAAGGGUACACAAAUACUGCAAAGUGAUCCGGAGCUCAGCAGACGACAACGACAUAAUCGCGUGCGGCAAGGUUUUCUCAUCUGAAGUCAUUGAAUCUCGUGCCGGACGUUUUGACGUCCUUCUGGAAUAACUGUACUCAGUUGCCCUGUGAGUCCAGAAGGUGGCUUGGACGAGUCCAAACAGUGGUUCAAAGGCCAUCUGUGGCCAUCCGUAUCUCCC